AUGGCUUCGCCUGGUGAGGAUAAUUUACCCAGUAGCCAGAACCAUGGCGACAUCGUCAACCUCAGCACCGUCAUGAUGAACUAUUCACCUCACUCCUAUGCCACUCUGAACUUUAGCUUCCACAGCAGUACAGUGGAAUAUGCGAAGAGCAAUGAUCGGGUUCAGACAUCUCAGCCAGACCGCGAAGACCAGGCGGUGUACACCGCCGAACCUGCACAGAAUAAGGCGUCUAAUGUGUCCCAUUCGACUACACUUAUCAGAUAA